GGGAGCGCGCCCGUCUUUCCCGGGCGAGCGGGCGGUUUUCGGUGGCCAGGUGGCCGGGCGCCCCGUUUCGUAGGUUACGCACACAAUCACUCCCCAGGGGGCCGUCCGGAGCCCGCCCAGGCAGCUGCGACUUCUCCUGCCGGGCACCCCCUGAGGCGGGGGUCGCGAUGGUGCGGGGCUCGACGUGGAGCUGACCGGGGGCUGAGAAGAGUCGGGGCCAAGCACGAAGCCCUUCCCUUCCCUGCCGUCGGGCUUUGGGGCUCCCGCCCGCCGGUUUCCAGCCGUCAGGGUCACGCCACUCCCGGGACGCCCUGAACUCCGUGCCCCCCAAGCCCCGGGCCCCCUGCGGGAAUGUUCAAAAAUGAGUACCAGGGAGGUGCAUUUGUUGAAAUCUUUAGUGCUCAGGGCAAAAAUCCUGGAGCAAAAUGGAAGAUCCUUGGCAGUCCAUCUGUGAUUUGGAAAGAAUUUGAUAAAGAAGUUAAAAGCUUUGUGUUUGUCCUCGAAGGCAGUAGUCAGACGAACAAAAUUCAGUUACCAAAGGAGAGUAAGCAAAUCCUUGGACUGAUCCAGAGGUUUCUUGUACUUCAGAUUUACAUACCCUUGGGACAAGACUUCUCCACUGAAUUGCUAAUUACUGAUUUAGGGAACAUUAAAAGAAGAUUGUAUUUAUCAACAGUCCAUAAGGAACUGUCCUCCACUCCUCUUCAUGCAAAAAUCCCACUUUUCAUGAUCAAACGCAAAAUUUGGUGCAAUCUUUGCAUAGACUUGGUAGCAUUUACCAGUGAAAUAUUCAAGGGAGCAGUUUUCCAGUCAUUGGAUGGAAUUAUUGUCUCAGCUAACUGUAAGCUACGGAAGAUCUUCACUUUAAAAUGCAAGCCUCAAGACACUGCUGAUAAAGAUGCUGGAUGUGGGGUUCCCUUUCCAACAGAUGAACCUACAGACAUCAUUCCACGAAGCUGCCAGCUGACGACGGAUGUUCCACAAGUCACGCAGCUGCUAAACAUGACUAAGCUCCGCCAAACUGAAAUAAAAUUUGGAGGUCAUCCCCUGAAAUCAGCAGAAUCAGAUCAGUUCAUUAACAAGGGAACAGGCAGUGUGCGGAACAGUAAAAAUCACGAUGUUUGUCAUAUCGCCUUUGGAUCCAGAGUUCUAGGACCACCUCCACUCUCCGGCAGAAGAAAUAACAUGAAGAUAUCCAGUGAGAUAGUAAGAUCCACUGGGUCCAGAAAUAACCGAUCAUGCCAACAGUCUGUGGCAGAGAACUGUGUUAGCAGUGCAGAAAUGUCAGCCUCAUUGAUCCCUGAGUCAGAGGAGCAAGGAAAUAAAGAAAAUAUUCACCAAAUAAAGCAGACUGUACCUAUUCAUGCUGAUCUGCAUGUUCUGCACCCACAUCCCCCUCAAGAACCGUCAGCAGAUAAGAAUAAUAACAGGAGAAGAUUACGGUUAAAAAGCACCAGCGGAGAAAGGACAGAGGCACACCGCGGCUGCUCUUCAGGAAAUAACAGGAAUGAAGAUAAAGCGACAACCAUCGUCAACAGUGUGUCCCAGCAGAGAGCAGAGAUGAACACCAGCUCUCCAGCGCCACAGUCUCCUGAUCAAGCAGAUGAGUGGAUAUUUCCCGAAAAUGAUCACCUUUCCCACUUGGCGUCCAGCAGACAGUCUCUCCUUCUGGAUGAUGACUCCUGCCACGCUUCACACCUGUGGCUAGAAGCCAGCAAGGAAAGUGAACGUGACCAACUGGCGGAGGAAACCCAGGCUGUUCCAAAGGACAUUUUCACUUUUUCCUCGAGACCGCGAUCGGCACCGCAUGGGAAAACCCAGACUCUGUCCCCAGAGGAGUGCCCAUUUAUUUUGGAUCUAAAAGAGGAUACCAGCGUGACAAGGAGAGACACCGAAUCGGAGGAUGAUUUUUACGGCGGAGACAGCAGCGAAGAGGAUAACUACAGUAUCCAGGGUUCCUCGGGCCCAACAACCAGUCCUUCAGGGUUAACUCAGCUGACACUAAACAGCAUGCUGGGGAAGGCUGCAAGGCGGACAGGCACAGGACCUCUAAAAAGUGCCUAUGCAGAAGCAGGAGCAUCAGAAAGCCAGAAUUCCUUGGCGAAGCAGAUAGAUAAAAAAGACUUUCAAAUGAGUUUGGUGCCUACACCAUGCCAUUCUCCCCCCAGAAGAAGCGAAUCCUCCCAGAAAACUCCAGAUCCCGUUAUCAAAGCAAAGGACUUACCAGCCCAUCAAGUACCAGCUUCAAUAAACAAAACCUCCGUAAAGGAAAUCUCGGGGGAAAAGUUGAGACCAAUUCCGCAAGUAUCUAAAAGAAGAGAAGACAGUAGCUGUUUCAAAGGGUCCUCCGAGAAAGAAUAUGACUGGAGAAACUAUCAGCCCGGCCAGAUGAGUGAAUCUGAGUUGCAAAUGCUGGCCAGCCUGCGGCGGCAACAGAAUGAAGAAUUGGAGGACACGGGGGCUUCCCAUGGCCUGAGUGCUUCCCAGGUGGACAACUGUAACGUCAGCAUCAGCACCAGCAGUGACGACACAACCACCUGGAACUCCUGCCUGCCACCUCCUGUCAACCAGGGUCGUCAUUAUCAGCAAGAAAUGAAUCCACCUUCUCCUUCUAAUCCCCGGGACUGGUUAAAUAUGUUGAGUCCACCGAUUGUUCCUCCUAGUCAACAGCCAACAGAACAGCAUCUGGAUUCUUCUGGAAGCUUGAGUGCUCAAGGUGAAGAAGACCCAAGCGUGGGAGAGGACGAGGAGGUGCUGACUCUGCUCUAUGACCCAUGUCUGAACUGUUACUUUGACCCCCAGACAGGGAAGUACUACGAGCUGGUGUGAGGCCUCCCUCCGGAGCCAAGAUGCGGUGGUCCGGCUGGCAAGCAGCAGAGUACUUGUGACGCCACUGAGUGGGGACCGCAGAGCGUGUAUCCGGCAGGCCCACAGACUCCAAAGUAACUGAGAAAUAAAGUUAUUUUGUAAAUAAUGUCCCAUGUUAAGGAUGCCGAUGCUCUUUUGGUAGAUGUGUGUGAUCUUUUUAGCAGCAAAGGAAUUCAUACAGAGACAAGAUUUUAGGACUUUGAAUUGGUUCUUGUUUGUUCGUUCUCAUCCAACAUAGAAUCUUUUUUAUCUCCUAUAAUCUUAUGGAAACAAAUUAAGAGUUCUUAAUUCAAAAUUUUGGCAGUGUUAAUCUGUAAAUGAUGGCUUGAUACACAGAAAAUGUAUUCUUGUUUUAAAGAU